CUGUGCGGUGCGGUACUGAAUUCCAUGCGUUUAACGACGUAGUCCUGCGCAAGCGCGUGUGAUUUACAUUACGAUUGGAUUAGUGAUAUAAUUGAUCAUAAAUUAAUUUAAUUAAAUAAGGAAUUGAAUGCAAAGUGAACCAAAUAAUAAUAAAAAAAUUUAUAAAAAAUUUAACUGGGAUACUAUUUUUGUGUAGCGAAGGAAACAAAUUUAUUAAAAUUUGUGCAUCAAAAUGGCUGUGUUGCAUAUAAGACAGUGCUUAUUAUUGCUGUUUCUACUACCAAUAACGGUAGCGCCUAGUGCCGCUAAACACGCACUAACUGAACAGCGCAAGCACAACCAGCGCUCCUUGACGCGUCAACAAAAAAGUGCACUUGCGCGUAAAUUACUCCUCGUCGAUGGUUUGCAAGUGGAGUCAGAGGGUUAUUUCGAUAUCGUUGAGCAACCAGAACAGUUUAUUGAAAUCGAUACACAAAUCGCGCCAGAAACCAAAGGCAAGCAUGGCGCCAUUGAACCGACGCAUCUAAAACAUCUACUCGACAUUGCCGCCGUACAGGCGGAGGCGGCUGCCGCCAUUGCAGCUGGCGACGAGGAGGCGAAAAACGUGUGGAGCCGCGCCAACGCAAAUCGACCGGCCUUCCUCUUCGACAGCGCCGCCUUGUCGAAAAUACAAUCGAACACGAAAAGUAUCAGCAACGACGAUGGCGGGAAUUUUUUCUACGAACGCAAUAUUAUUGUGGAGCCGGCGCUUUCGGCGGCAAAGCUUAAAGCGGAACGCCAGCAAAAGAACGCAAUGAAAGGCGACGAUACAAGCGGGAUACCGCGCCAGCGACUACAGAGCUUGGCAUUUCGGAGGCGUUUGUUCAAACAACUUAAAGGCAAACGGCUACCGACUAGAAAAAGGCACAACAAGCGGCGCACGAAAACCCACUCUCAUAACGAAGCGAAAAGCAGGCACAACAACAAAUUUAAACAAAAUCAUAAAUCUAAACCACACUCAUUCCAUCAUCUCCUAAAUGUUUCAUAUUUAAAUGCAGUUUCACGCCCACGACGUGCAGUAACCGCUAAAAAGGAGCGCAUCUGGGAUUACGGUGUAAUACCAUACGAAAUCGACGACAUCUUCAGUGGCACACAUAAGGCACUCUUCAUGAAGGCCAUGCGCCAUUGGGAGAACUUCACUUGUAUAAAAUUUGUGGAACGCGAUUCCAAAAUACAUCCCAACUAUAUAUACUUCACGGUUAAGAAUUGUGGUUGCUGUUCGUUUGUGGGCAAGCGGGGAACUGGGCGUCAAGCCAUUUCGAUUGGCCGUAAUUGCGAAAAAUUCGGAAUUGUAGUGCACGAACUUGGACAUGUUGUUGGAUUUUGGCACGAGCAUACACGCACGGAUCGCGAUAAGCAUAUAAAUAUCAAUAAGGAUAACAUCAUGAAGGGACAAGAGUAUAAUUUCGAUGUACUCUCGCCGGAAGAUGUCGACUCACUGGGAUUACCAUACGACUACAAUUCCAUUAUGCAUUAUGCAAAGAAUACCUUUGCCAAGAAUGUUUAUUUGGAAACGAUACAGCCAAUUGGAUUGUCAAAACCUCAACACAUUGAAAUCGGACAGCGGCUGCGUUUAAGUCCAGGUGACAUCGUUAAAGCAAAUCUUUUGUAUAAGUGCAGCAGUUGUGGACGCACAUUUCAGGAGCAUUCUGGACAGAUAGUAUCACCGCAUUAUGAAUACUCCUAUGCGGCAAUGGAAGCCAAUAAUGCGGUUGAUGAUGACGGAAGUGGUGAUUAUGAGGUCAGUGAUUUUGACAAAUCGCUAGAGAGAUGCGAAUGGCGUAUCACAGCGACAAAUGGGGAACGUAUCAUAUUACAAAUACACCAAGUGCAUUUGCUAAAGUCCACAGAUUGUUCUACGGAUUAUUUGGAAAUACGCGACGGUUAUUGGUACAGAUCACCCGUUAUUAAGAGACUUUGUGGCAACGCUACUGCAGAAACAAUAAAAAGCACCUCAAGCCGGAUGCUCAUCAACUAUGUUAAUCGAAAUGCCAACAAAGGGUUUCGCGGGUUUUCUGCUGAUUUUGAAGUUACUUGUGGUGGCGAUAUCUUCCUCACCGAAGAUCGACGCAUCGACUCACCCAACUACCCUCUGGAGUAUCUCGCUGACAGGGAAUGCAUUUGGCGCAUUACUGUGCCGGACAAUCAUCAAGUUGCGCUGAAAUUUCAGUCAUUCGAAUUGGAAAAUCAUGAUAACUGUGCUUACGAUUAUGUGGAAAUUCGUGACGGCAACAGCAGUGAUUCUCGGCUAAUUGGCAUCUACUGUGGAUACUUAUUGCCGCCAAAUAUCAAAUGCGUGCGGCGGUAUUAUCAAUGCCUCUACUCCCAACGGCACUCUCAAUUCGCCGUCAUAUCCGGAUAUGUAUCCCAUAUCGAAAGAGUGUGUGUGGGAGAUUGUUGCGCCGCCCAGUCAUGCAGUUUUCCUCAAUUUCACACACUUCGAUUUGGAAGGAACAAAAUAUCAAUACACUGAGUGCAAUUAUGAUUACCUGUUGGCUUAUUCCAAGUUGCGCGAUAGUCGUUUGAAGAAAAUCGGCAUUUAUUGUGGACGAGAGUUGCCCCCCGUUCUGAAGUCCGAACAUAAUAUAUUACGUUUGGAGUUUUUUUCAGACAAGUCCAUACAACACACAGGAUUUUCGGCAAAGAUUCUUAUCGAUUUGGAUGAGUGCAGCAUAAACAAUGGAGGUUGCCAACAUCACUGCCUCAACACUUUCGGCUCGUAUAAGUGUAGCUGUCGCAAUGGUUACACUAUUGACGAGAAUCGACACAACUGCACCGAAACCAAAUGUAAAUUCGAAAUUACAAGUCCAAAGGGGAGCAUCUACAGUCCUAAUUACCCGAACGAUUAUCCUCGAAAUACCUAUUGUUUUUGGCACUUCCGCACUGUACUCGGUCAUCGUGUGCAGUUGACAUUUCACGAUUUCGAAAUGGAAAAUCAUCAGGAGUGUUUUUACGAUUAUGUCGCAUUAUACGAUGGUAAAACAGAAAACAGCUCAACUUUGGGCAUCUACUGUGGUGGGCAUGAACCUUAUGCGGUGGUGGCAUCUACAAAUGAAAUGUUUAUGGUACUGUGGACAGAUGCGUCACUUCAACGAAAAGGAUUUAGAGCAACAUAUUCAACAGAAUGUGGUGGUUACUUGCGGGCGACUAAUCAAACGCAGGUCUUUUACUCACAUCCACGCUAUGGUCAUCGUGUUUAUAAUCGUCAUAUGUACUGUAAUUGGCGAAUACAAGCUGAUUCUGAAAGCAGCGUUCAAAUUAAAUUUUUGCACUUUGAAAUCGAAUAUUCUGACCGCUGCGAAUAUGAUUCAGUGGAAAUUAGAGAAGAAAUUUUUGAAGAAAAGUAUAUGCGAAAUAGCAAUCAUGGUCGUUUUUGUGGCAAUAGGAAACCACCCACAAUUAAGUCAUACACUGACACCUUACUCAUGCGUUUUCAAACGGACGGCAGCACUUCAUUGCGCGGCUUCGCCGUUUCAUUUGUAGCAGUAGAACCACCGGAUGAGGACUUGAUAGAUGAUUUAGAUGCAGUGACGCCGUUUCCUGGUUAUAUGCGCAGCAUGUACUAUGCCUCGGAUACGGGUAGCGAUUAUGAUGAUGAUUAAUAUGUGGCAAUAAUUUAGCAUGUAUUGCUUGUUUGUUAUUACUGAUGUACAAUUAGUCGGUUUAUUAAUGGAAAUAUAAGUCAUUUUAAUGUAGUCAUGAUGUAUUGUAUAUAUUUAUUUAUGUAUAUAAGAUUUUGUGCCGUGCCAAUAAAUGUAAAAUU